GAACGUCAUCGCUCAAACGUAAACAAGGAAGUAACCUUGCAAGACUGUGAAUGGGCCGAGCGCUCUGUUUUACUUGAAUUCAUAUAUAUUUGAACUCUUACUUGUAUUUGAAUAUAUUUUAAGUUUGUAUUUAUACACGUAACCAAGCACUUGAAGCAUACAAUCCAGAUUCAGGACCGAUAAUUCCGAUUUGUUAAAGCGCACUGGGAUUUCGUUGGUAACAAGCAGGGAUCUGCUAUAAUGUCAUCACCUGUGGAUGUUAUCGUGGUUGGAGCUGGUAACAGAGGAGAAAAUUAUUCGAACUAUGCUGUGAUCUUUCCUGAGCGAAUGCGGGUUGUGGGAAUUGCUGACCCCAGGGAUUUUGCUCGAAAGAAACUUCAGGCACGUCACAAAGUAGCUGAUGAAAACACUUUCAAUGAUUGGCAUUGCAUAGUAGAGAAAGAGAAAUUUGCAGAUGCAGUAUUGAUCUGCUCUCCUGAUCGUCUUCACAAGGACCCUGCCGUGGCUUUAGCUAAGAAAGGCUACCAUGUAUUGCUGGAAAAACCAAUGGCUGUUACAGAGGAGGACUGCACAGAGAUUGUAGAGGCUUGCAUUCAGAGUGGUGUCAUGCUCACAGUGUGCCAUGUUCUCCGAUACGACCCUGUCAUCCACAGAAUUAAAGGGCUGAUUGACAGCGGUGUGAUUGGCGAUGUCAUCCACAUUCAACAUCUGGAACCAGUGGGGUUCUAUCAUUUUGCUCACUCCUUUGUCAGAGGGAACUGGAGAAACGAGGCGGAAAGCUCUUUUGCUCUGCUAGCCAAAUCCUGCCAUGAUUUGGAUCUGAUUCAUCACUGGGCUGGUGGACGAAGGUGUAUCAAAGUUUCAUCAUUUGGGUCUCUUAGCCACUUCACAAAAGAGAACAAGCCAGCAAAUGCUGCGAAUCGCUGUAUAGACUGUCCUGUAGAGGGGGAUUGUGCAUACUCGGCAAAGAAAAUCUACUUGGAUCAAGUGAAAAGAGGAGGUGUUGGCUGGCCAGUGUCAGUGAUUUGCUCCAACUCAGUUCCUGAUAUUGAAUCUGUGACUGAAGCCCUCAGAACAGGACCUUACGGCCGCUGUGUGUAUGAAUGUGACAACGAUGUGUGCUCAAAUCAGGUAGUGAACAUGGAAUUUGAAGGAGGCUUGACUGCUGCAUUCACCAUGGUAGCAUUUACAGAGGAAAUAUGUCUUCGCAAAACAUCUAUCCAUGGUAGUAAGGGGGAACUGUCCUACAAUGGAUAUGAGAUCAAAGUGUUCGACUUCCUUACUAGAAAGACCACAAAAUACACCGCAGACAUGAAAGUUCCAGGUAACUUUGGUACUGGGGGUCACGGGGCAGCAGAUUAUCACCUUAUCGACUCCUUCAUUGCAGCUGUGAAGCAUAAGGACCCAUCUCGGAUUAGGUCAGGUCCUAAAGAGACAUUAGCAAGUCAUAAGCUAGUGUUUGCUGCUGAACGCGCACGCAUGGAAAGCAGGGUUGUGUUCUGUGACUACCCAUGUGAAGGAGAGAGCAGUUAAAUGUUUUUAUGUAUGAGAAAACCAAAUCUACACAGUGUGGAUUUAUUUUAUAUUUCACUACAUAU